AUGGUGCAGCAGAAGCUGCUACUUUAUCUGAGGCAAGGAGACCUUCACAACUACAGGGUCCUGCUGAAUCUGCAGCACCUGCAUUUCAGAGGCUUCUCAGUGGAGUCGAUCGAUGACUGGGUUCCGGGCUUUGUUAGCACGGAUACGGAUCCAAGCAGCUUCUUCCUCCAGAAGUUUAUGUAUCAGCAUGGAUUUCGUAGCCCGGUGGAGCGCGACAAGGCUGGAUGGACACCGCUGUGCUAUGCUGCUGUCAGUGGCACCCCACUUCUCCUCGUUGCCUUGUUGCAGCAGCGCGCAAAUCCCAACGACUGCAUCCGUCAUGCAUCUCAACAACAGGUGCAGAUGUCGGCUGGUGCUUCCGCUCUUAUCAUCUGCGUGUGCCUGAAUCACCUCGAUGCCAUCCAGAUCCUACUGGAGCACCGGGCCAACCCAAACCGGGGUGAUGCCACGGGCACGACAGCCGUGCACUACUCCUGCUCCUGUGCCAAUGCAGAUGCCCUGCGACUGCUCCAUGCAGCCCGCGGAUCCACGGUCUUGCAGAAUGCAUUCAAGAUCACGCCUACUAUGCUGAUGGGUGGUGUGGGGAACAACAAUGCUGAGCUUCAAGUCCGGCUUAUUGAGGAGCUCUCUGUCCGAUCUCUCACCCUCUCAGAGGUCAACACUGCACUCCACCUCUCCAUCCUCUUUGGCGGCGCUUCUGGAGCUGUGGUGGUCACGCUGUUGGAGGCAGGGGCUGACAUCAAUGGGCCCACCUGCCUUCCCAAGUCGGCACUAUUCCAGACGCUGAUGGCCUACAUGAGCUUUCGACACCCCUGGCGUCAGACCGCCUUCAGCAGAUAUGCGUACCACAGGCGAGGUGCCACGCCGCUGAUGUGCAGCAUCAUCUGCGGCGCCUACGAGGCCGCCGCAGUGCUCAUCGCAUCGGGUGCGCGGCUGGACCUUCGCAACGGCCGUGGUUGUUCAGCCAAGGAGCUCGCAGCAGAGAUGUCC